AUGCCUUUAAUACUCAAUUAAGGACUACCAUUUAAAUAUAAUCAAAUCAUGCUACAGAACAUCGCAUUGGAUUAAAAGUAUUCUGGUCAAUUGACAAAUGAAAUCAUAGGCACUGGUCCAUCCAAAGAUAAUCUACCAUUGAAAUAAGCUAAACCAAAAGUACAAAGCGAAAAAGAAUCAGAACUGCCAAAAACAUCAAUGAACUAUCUGAUGCUAUCGAUUUAAAUUCUAUUUAAAGAAUUAAAAUAACUCUAGCAGUUACUGGAGAUCAUACUGCUCCAUAUGCUUAUGAGGAUCAUAGGUUUUUAGAGUAUACCAUUUAUUGUAAGUAAAUUAAGCUUAUUGAAUGAUAAAAGAAUGACAUUUAAAUUAAUGAGAUUUCAUGGAAGAUAAGUGAUGUAGAUUAUAAAAUAGUAUAGUUCUUGA